CUGGUGACUGUGGGUGGAGCCAGGAGAGAAAUCACCUGCAACUUUUUUGUCUGGUUUGAAGAAAAUUAACAAGAAAGGCACAUUUAAGCCUUCAGUUCUCUGCCUGCUUUUGUUAUGAACUACACCUGGCGGAGGCAGCUCCUAUUAGGUUAAAUUCAGCCAGGUGGACGCUGCAGGCCCCCUGCACGCCGAAAAGGAGGGUCUCUGAGUUAGGUCCUGGCGUUUCUGAUUCUGUAAACUCUGACUUGGUGGAAUCAAGUGCUAUGAGGAUUUAAGUGCUAUAGAGGUGCUUCAGAAGGCCUGGGAAAAUGGAAAGGAAGUUCUGAAGCCGCCUCAACAAAUUUCCAGCGCCCUUCUUCUCGACUCAGGGACUGAACACGGCUGGGAGAAAAUGUCCUGGUGAUGACAUGGCAUCUGCCAGCUCCAGCCGAUCAGGAGUGGCCCUGCCUUUUGAGAAGUCUCAGCUUACUUUGAAAGUGGUGUCAGCAAAGCCCAAGGUGCACAAUCGCCAACAUCGAAUUAACUCAUUUGUGGAAGUGGCAGUGGAUGGACUCCCCAGUGAGACCAAGAAGACUGGGAAGCGAAUUGGGAGCUCCGAGCUUCUCUGGAAUGAGAUCAUCAUUUUGAAUGUCACGGCCCAGAGUCAUUUAGAUUUGAAGGUCUGGAGCUGCCAUACCUUAAGAAAUGAACUGCUAGGCACCGCCUCUGUCAACCUCUCCAAUGUCCUGAAGAACAAUGGGGGCAAAAUGGAGAACACACAGCUGACCCUGAACCUGCAGACGGAGAACAAAGGCGGUGUUGUCUCGGGUGGUGAGCUGACAAUUUUCCUGGACGGGCCAACUGUUGAUCUGGGAAGCGUGCCUAAUGGCAGUGCCGUGACAGACGGAUCACAGCCAUGUUCGAGAGAAUCCAGCGGGACAGCUGUCACUUCAGAGAACCGGCACCAGCCCCCCAGCACAAACUGCUUCGGAGGGAGAUCCCGGACGCACAGACAUUCAGGUGGUUCAGCCAGAACAACCACAGCAACCAGCGAGCGAAGCCCUGGUACUAGCAACCGGCACCGCCAGCCCAUCAAGAACCCGAGCCACAGUGGCUUGGCCAAUGGCACAGUGACUGAUGAAUCUGCUGGAGCCACGGAUCCUGAAGAACCUUCUGUUGUUGGUGUGACAUCCCCACCUGCUGCAGCCUCGAGUGUUACCCCAAACCCUACCGCAGAGUCUCUCCCUGCUCCGGCCACGCCAGCUGAAGGAGAGGAGCCCAGCACCUCGGGCACACAGCAGCUCCCGGCGGCUGCCCAGGCCCCAGAUGCUCUGCCUGCUGGAUGGGAACAACGAGAGUUGCCCAAUGGCCGUGUCUAUUAUGUUGAUCACAAUACCAAGACCACCACCUGGGAACGGCCUCUUCCUCCAGGCUGGGAGAAACGCACAGACCCCCGAGGCAGGUUUUACUAUGUGGACCACAACACUCGGACCACCACCUGGCAACGCCCCACAGCUGAGUACGUGCGGAGCUAUGAGCAGUGGCAGUCGCAGCGGAAUCAGCUCCAGGGUGCCAUGCAGCAGUUCAGCCAAAGAUUCCUCUACCAGUCUUCGAGUGCUUCAACCGACCAUGACCCACUGGGCCCCCUUCCUCCUGGCUGGGAGAAGAGACAGGACAACGGACGGGUGUAUUACGUGAACCAUAACACACGUACUACCCAGUGGGAGGACCCUCGGACCCAGGGGAUGAUCCAGGAGCCAGCUCUGCCCCCAGGAUGGGAGAUGAAGUACACCAGCGAGGGGGUGCGCUACUUUGUGGACCACAAUACCCGCACCACCACCUUUAAGGAUCCUCGCCCAGGGUUCGAGUCAGGGACGAAGCAAGGUUCCCCAGGUGCCUACGAUCGAAGUUUUCGGUGGAAGUAUCACCAGUUCCGUUUCCUCUGCCAUUCAAAUGCCCUCCCCAGCCAUGUGAAGAUCAGCGUUUCCAGGCAGACACUUUUUGAGGAUUCUUUCCAACAGAUCAUGAACAUGAAGCCCUAUGACCUGCGCCGCCGGCUCUACAUCAUCAUGCGUGGCGAGGAGGGCCUGGACUACGGGGGAAUUGCCAGAGAGUGGUUUUUCCUCCUGUCCCACGAGGUGCUCAACCCCAUGUAUUGUUUAUUUGAAUAUGCUGGGAAGAACAAUUACUGCCUGCAGAUCAACCCCGCCUCCUCCAUCAACCCCGACCACCUCACCUACUUCCGCUUUAUUGGCAGAUUCAUUGCCAUGGCUCUGUACCAUGGAAAGUUCAUUGACACAGGCUUCACCCUCCCUUUCUACAAGCGGAUGCUCAACAAGAGACCAACCCUGAAAGACCUGGAGUCCAUUGACCCUGAAUUCUAUAACUCUAUCAUUUGGAUCAAAGAGAACAACCUAGAGGAGUGUGGCCUAGAGCUGUACUUCAUCCAGGACAUGGAGAUUUUGGGCAAAGUGACAACCCACGAGCUGAAGGAAGGCGGUGAGAAUAUCCGAGUAACUGAGGAGAACAAGGAGGAGUACAUCAUGCUGCUGACCGACUGGCGUUUCACACGGGGUGUGGAAGAGCAGACCAAAGCCUUCCUGGACGGCUUCAAUGAGGUGGCCCCCCUGGAGUGGUUGCGCUACUUUGAUGAGAAAGAGCUGGAGCUGAUGCUGUGCGGCAUGCAGGAGAUAGACAUGAAUGACUGGCAGAAGAAUACCAUUUACCGGCACUACACCAAGAACAGCAAGCAGAUCCAGUGGUUCUGGCAGGUGGUGAAGGAGAUGGACAACGAGAAAAGCAUCCGGCUACUGCAGUUUGUUACAGGGACCUGCCGCCUGCCUGUCGGGGGAUUUGCCGAACUCAUUGGUAGCAAUGGACCACAGAAGUUUUGCAUCGACAAGGUUGGCAAGGAAACCUGGCUGCCCAGAAGCCACACCUGUUUCAACCGUCUGGAUCUCCCACCAUACAAGAGCUAUGAGCAGCUGAAAGAGAAGCUGCUGUACGCCAUCGAGGAGACCGAGGGCUUUGGACAGGAGUAGCUGAGGCUGUGCCCUCCUGUGCCCCCCAGCACACAUGUAGUCAUGAGUCCUCCCUGCCUGAGAGGCUGCUGGCUGCAGCCCCUGGGAGGCCCCUGCAGAUGGUAGCCCUGCGUGGAACCACAGUGUCAUCAGGCUGAUGGCAGCAGAGCCCAACCUCAAGAGGCCCUGCCCCCUCCUCCAUCCUACCCACUGGUGGCAGUCUGGAAUAAAGCCCCUUAGUCGCCUUAGCCCCACCACCCGCUGCAGUUUGGAGGGCUGACCCUCUGCAGAGCUUACACUCCUUCUCCCCUGAGGACAACUGUAGACCCGUGUAUGUGUGUGCAAGCCCCUGCUGAAGGGCUGCAGCACAAGCCCUGGCCCCUGGGCUAGUGAGGUGAGGAGGAGACUGGCCACUCGGGGUGGCUGUCUGGGUUGAGAAGGCUAGGGUCUUUGCCAGUAUAAGAGGUUCUGUUUCAGUAGAACUUUCCCAGUGGCCUGUACAAAAUGAAGGUCUGAGAGAGGAGCGUUUCCCACACCCAGAGCUCUAGAUCAAGACUGUCUUGCUUCCUUCCCUAGCGGGCUCUAGCCACAGAGGUGGGGCAGCAGGCCCCUCUCUCUACUCAGGGCUGGCCAGUUCACUCUUCCCAGCCAGUAAAGGGGUGUGCCAGCUGCUUGGAUGUCAGUGGGAAGGAAACAGCAACUCGGACUUUCUUUUCCCUUUACAUAAACUUGAAGCAUUUUGUGUGUAGGGUUGCUUCGUGUUUUGUUGCUGGUAUGCUGCUGUCACGUUCUGUCAAGGAGCUGGUGCACCAGGUGUUGCUGAGACUUGGGGGACUUAGCACUGUUAGUCCAAGAAUUUCCCAAACAGCGGCUCCUCUUUGGAACCAGCUUAGCAGUUCUGUGAGCUCAGGCAGGUCGACGUCACAGCAGCCUCAUCCCUGAGCCUUGACAAACAGGGAAGGGGUGGUGCCCAGACCCAGACCACCCAACCUUGCUGCCUUUGAGAGAGAAGAAAUCCCUUUGCUAGAUGUAGUCACUCAGGCUCUAGACCUCCACGUGGGUCCGUUAGUCCCCUGUCGAAAAUGAAGAGCACCCCCACCACCCCAGUGCGUGUUCAUUCUGCGUAGAAGUGAGGAUUUGCCUGCACACAGGAAACAAUGCUCUGGGAAGCCGGCUGGAGGGCCCUGAGCAGCUGCACACAUCUGCCUUGAUUUCUGGAGCCCCCGUGGGGCUCCGUCGUGGACAUUCUGCCAUGUAUUGAUAUCUUUGGGGUGAACACACUCCUCUGGGAUGCUGGAGCGGCGAUUGUCCUAAACUCUCCAAUCCAUCCCCCCAGGGUUCUAGUGCUGAGCACUAGCUGCAGACUAGCUCCAGCUUCCUGGGACCCCAGGCAGGCCCUCAGGCCAGUCAUGGGCCUUGAGAGGAUCGUUUUGUGUUCCCAGAUCCUCGUCCUUCCCCCUGGCCCAAGGAGGGACUGCCCAUGUCCACUGUGUUGGGUGUGCCGAUUUGAGUGGCUCAGCUCACUGCAGCUGAGCCCUUUUUCUCCCCUGGAGUUGUUUGCUGUGCUUCCCUGCAGUGUCUCGCCGCGUCAGGGGUUAAGGUGUGAGCUGCCGUGCACAGUUGGGAAGCCUUGGGCUCACGUGUGUUCAGAGUGUGUUCAUGUGCGCAUGUGUGUACAUAUGUGUAUAUAACAGGUGUCUACAGAAUGUCCUUCGGUAGCUCUGGGUUGGUCAUUGGAUUGUUUUGUAAUGCCUCUUGCCACGGCAUUGCCAUGUUCCUGUGCAAUAAACAGUCAACAGCU